UUGGCCGGGGAGGCGGUGGUCGAGGAGGCGGAGUUGGCGGUGGAGGAUGGUGCUGUGGCGGCAGCGGUGGCGGCGGCGGCGGCGGCGGCGGACGAGGCUGAGGGACCCGCAGCCAGAAAGUCUCGCAAGGGCGUGCUGGCCCAGUUGCGCGAGCUGCGAGUCGCCGUCAGUGCCUUCUCGCCUUGCGAGCACAAAAACCUCAUGCGGCUUGCCCAGAUGUUCAAUAUGCUUAGGCCGGAUAUACGGAUGGAUACAGAAUGGCCCACCGUGGUAUUCUCGCGUGAAUUGGCCGACAAUGAGGUCUCUCAGGUCUCGCUUGCCCAACGCCACCAAAGUGCUUCCUCUGCCAGGAGAGCGCUGCCAACGCAUCCACAACAGGCUCCCUCACCGCAGCAACGCCUUCAACAGCCGCCACCAACAGUUACGGCACCUGCCCAAUCGCCUCGGCUCCCACCACAACCCCCACUGCCGCCGCAGCAUCAGCAGCAGCAACAACAGCAACCGCUGCGACACAUGGUCGCCACGCCAAAUGACUACUCCGCGCCUUCACCUCACCAGACGCGAAUGCCGGUUGCAAUGCAAUACGCAAACAAUGGUAACCAAUUGGCUGGUGCCACCAAUAGCCAACCACGUGCCACUCUCUCGGGUCCGAACUCAAUUGAACCGCCACAAAGCCACCACAUGCAACAGGCCGCGCAAAUGUCCAUGGGUCUAGCGGGACCAAACAGCGUGCCCGACGCUUUUGGUGGAUAUCAGACGUCGCAUGCCUCACCCAUGGCGCCAGCCUACACCCUGGUGCCACCCUCUUCCAUGGAGAGCCAAUCCGCGCGAUCCUUGCACCAGCCAAUGUCGAACGACGGUGCCCGUGCCGGACUGUCCCCGGCAAUGGCCUCCGACCCCUACCUACGAGCGUCCUAUUCGCAUAGCGCAAGUCCCAUGCGCCCCGCGACCGCCGCCCCCACCGCCACCACCACCACCACGCCCACAGCAGAGCAGCAGUCUGCCUCCGGUCUGCUCGGCAGCUCCGAGUCGCUGAACCACGACCAGCUGAAACAGCAGCAGCCAGUUGCCUCCCCAUACACCAUUCAGGGCCCUCCGAAUUCGGUCGACGCUGGGAACGUUCCGAGCGCACCCCAAUUCCACCUUCGGCAGCACCCUUCUCCCUACCAAGCCCCUCAGCCGUCACCGGCAUCGAACAACCCCAACCCCUCGUCCACCGCCGUUGGCGGUCAAUAUCAUGCCCCCGUACAGAGCUACCACAUUUCAGAAAUGUCUCGUUACCAGAACUCGGCGUCUCCACUGAAUCCGAUGCGACCGGCCUCCACCGCACCUGGAAUGAUGAUGCCCGAGGAUCGGGUUAUUGUGUGGGAGGGACAAUUGGGUGUGCGCGGACAGGCGAUCGUCCACCUUCGUCUUCUCUCCGACGCCUCGGCUCCACGAAUAAAUCUUCAGUGGCAGAACUGUGCGAAUCUUAUGCUGCAGCUGGAGCAGGUUGAGAGGGACAGUCAUCUGGGCCAGAUGUUCCUUCAUCGGAUGCCGAGCUAUCUGCUACAAUUGCAGCUCUACGUCGCCUUCAAGAACCAGGAGCACGAGAUGGCACUGAGCAGUCGCAUGCGAAGCCUAACACCGUCGACGUUCACCCUGGGCAUACUACCACCACUCAACAGUUGGAGCAGUCCAAUAUCACCGGGCAUUUUGGCUUUCGUGUGCUUCCUGGCCACUGACGAUGGGCGAAUCAUCGGCCUAGUUCCCAAGGAUUCUGAAAUCUUCCGUGGUGAUAUCCUUAAUCGGCAACUGCACAAACGUCCUCGGCUCAUGUCAGAGAAACAGCAACAGCAACAAUCGGCUUUCCUGACGCAACAACAACAACAGCAGCAGCAUCCGCAGUAUGAGUCCAAUAUCCCAGAAAUGCAGCAGCAGCAGCAGCCCUCUCCGGCCUACAGUGUUAACUCCCUAUCCCUGCCGAACACCCCUGGCAAGAUGGUUCGACUUCCGGCUGUGACCGCCCCUACCCCCAUCAAUCGGGUCAGUGGACCGUCGGCGAGGCUUCCGGGAUCCAUGAUGGACGCCAACGAGAUGCCUCAACCGCAUCCAACGCCGCCUCAGUACCUGCAGCAGCAGCAGCAGCCGCGACAGCCACCGCAUCAAGUGGUGCCUUCGUGGCAAGACCAACGCCAGCCAGGAAUGACAGGUGACGUCACACAACAGCCCCAAAGACCCUACUCAAUGAUGCCCCCAACUCAACAGCAGUCCCAGUUCAUGAUGCAGUCUGUUGCUGGAAGUCAGGUGCAGCAGCAGCAGCACCUUUACCACCAAACUGGAAUGGCAAUGGGUCAGUCUCCCUACGCACCCCAGGUCCAGCCGAAAUUGCCUCCUGGUAUGCUUGUGUCGCAGCAGCAGCAGCAGCAGCGUCCUGCUAGUGGUUACCCCAGUCAUGCUCCCCAACGCCAGCAGCUGCGCGACGCCUCCGGCCGUUUCCAGAGCAGCAGUGCGGUUGCAGCGGCAGCCUCCGCGACCCCCAUGCCGCCAGAGUACCACACACCCCUUCCCCCGUCCUACACCCCUGCUCCUGGCGCCGCCACCCCCGUCUACGAGUACCCCGGUAUGCAGCAGACCCAGCGCAUGCCCCCAACGCCGGGUUACGUGCGCACCGCCUCCCCCAUGCGUCCUGGCUACCCCCAACCCUCUAAUCAGCGCAUGGCGUCCGCCUACCCCCCGGGACGCCAGCCCAUGUCGGUAGGGGGCAGGGGGCUGCCCUCUCGUGGUGUAAAUAUGCGAGGUCCCAUUCCACAAGCCCCAACUCCCUCACACCUCAUGAUGCCCGGGGACGCGAUCAUGUACGAGAACCACCAGGAACAGCAAGUCGCCUUUGACCCCUCCCAGGCCGGUUCAGCCCCGUCCCAGCAAAACCUCUUCUAA